GCCUCUCUCACAGUGCGUUUCCUCCUCUGACUGAACGCGUCUUCCUCUCAGCCAGGGAGGAGCAGUUCAGGCGACAUGGACACUUUUUUCCGCCGUCACUUUAAGAGGAAGGAAUCUGCUCUGCAGGUGGGCUCAGAGGUCAAAUCCUGCCGGCAGCGGAGGCCCAGCGUGGCCAUCCCCACCAGCAAGGCCCGCAGGAGGUCCAGCGUCGGGCUUCCCUCCUCCACCCUGACCCAACGGCGGCGCUCCAGCGUCCAGCUGCAGGGAGCACUGCCGUGUGCAGGAGGAGGCCGUCUGGCAAAGUCGGCCAGGCACAACAGGUGGGGGGGACAUGUCCGCAGGCGCUCCAGCACCACCACCCCCAGCCUCAACCCAAGGUUUGCCGUGUGCAGGAGGAAGGUGGGGAAGCUGCGCACCAUCGACACCCACCUGCUGGGGCCCUCCAUGCUGCUGGCCAGUCUGAUCCAGAUGGCCGAGGAGGAGGAGGAGGGGGCGGGGCUGCCAGCCGGGGAACAGCAGGUGGAGGUGAGGGGUGGGGCCAACAGCAGGAGAAUGUUUUCCCGCUCCAGCAGCCUCCACUCAGACGGAGACGAUGAGAGCAGCAACUACUCCAACGACAGCCAAUCAGAAGCCAGCCAGUUGGCAGAGGAGGAGGACGACACCUCAUGGUCUCCUGAUCAGCACUUCUCCCCGUCCUCCACCCCUUCCUCCUCUACCGCCUUGGAGGUGAUGAGAGAAACUCCCCAGGCUCCGGCUCCAUCGCGGCCCCUCAUCAGGGCCCCUCGCUGCCUGCGAAGGAACUCCUCUCAGGUGUUUGCAGGAGACUCUGCUCCUUACAGCCGCUGUCGGUCCUCCAGCCAGAGGAAGAGGAGGAGGAUCUCCACCAUCUCCAAGGCUGGGAGCCCCUGGCCCGGAAGAGGCCCCCCGCUGCCCAACCGCAGGAGCUCAGUCUACUACCUCAACCACCCGGCCCUCUAUAGGGGCCCCGGAGCCCCCAGCCCACUGGGGGCCCGUGGCUACAACUCCCAGCUGGAGACCUGGAGCGGCUUCCUGCUGAAAGCCAUUGCAAAGUCAGGCUUGCAGCACGUGGCGGCUCAGCCCAACGUGUCGACGUCAGGACAGACCGACCCGCUGCAGGAGCCCAACAGCACCAUCGACUGGAGCGACAACGCCCAGUACGGGGACCACAUCUGGUUUGAGACCAGUGGCUCUGGAGACUUCUGUUACGUUGGGGAGCAGUACUGUAUCGCUAAAUCACUGCAAAAGUCCGUGGCAAGGAAGAAAUGUGCUGGGUGUAAGAUAUCGGUCCACACCAUGUGUAUGGAGCAGUUGGAGAAGGUAAAUCAUCUCUGGAUUGUUGACAGCUUCACUCUCACAUUGUUUUUCUGUCUUUCCUCACAGCUUCUCGUCUCUGUUCAGAUUAAUUUCAGGUGCAAGCCAUCGUUCAGAGAACCAGGAUCUCGAGCUGUUCGAGAGUCCAACGUUGUGCGACACCACUGGGUCCACAGGAGACGUCAGACAGGGAAGUGUCGACAGUGUGGGAAAGGAUUUCAACAGAAGUUUUCAUUUCACAGUAAAGAGAUUGUUGCCAUCAGCUGCUCGUGGUGCAAACAGGCGUAUCACAAUAAGGUGACGUGCUUCAUGCUGCAGCAGAUAGAGGAGUGCUGCUCUCUGGGAGCUCAUGCUGCCGUCAUCAUACCUCCUACCUGGAUCAUCAGGGUCCGCAGAACACAGUCAUCUCUAAAAUCGAGUAAAAAGAAGAAAAGGACGUCGUUGAAAUGCAACAAAUCGAGCAAGAAGGGCUCAGAGCUCCAAGAUGGCCGCUGGAAGCCCUUCCUGGUGAAGCCUCUUCCCUCUCAGCUCAUGAAGCCUCUGCUGGUGUUUGUUAACCCCAAGAGUGGAGGAAACCAGGGAGCCAAGAUCAUCCAGUCCUUCAUGUGGUACCUGAACCCUCGACAGGUGUUUGACCUGACAAAGGGAGGACCAAAAGAGGGGUUGGAGCUGUACGCCAAAGUGCCCAACCUGAGGAUCCUGGCCUGUGGGGGCGACGGGACAGUGGGUUGGAUCUUGUCAGUGUUGGACCAGCUGAAGCUCCGUCCUCAGCCUCCUGUGGGCAUCCUCCCUCUGGGGACCGGAAACGACCUGGCCAGGACUCUCAACUGGGGAGGGGGUUACACAGACGAACCGAUAACAAAGAUCCUCUCACACGUGGAGGACGGGAACGUCGUCCAGCUGGACCGCUGGAACCUUAACGUGGAGGCGAACCCCGAGGCCAGGCCGGAGGACCGGGACGAACAUCAGACAGACAAGCUUCCUAUUGACGUCUUCAACAACUACUUCAGUCUGGGCUUUGAUGCUCACGUCACGCUGGGCUUCCAUGAAUCCAGAGAGGCAAACCCUGAGAAGUUCAACAGCCGCUUCAGGAAUAAGAUGUUCUAUGCAGGAACGGCCUUCUCAGACUUCCUGAGUGGGAGUUCGAAAGACCUCGCCAAGCACAUCAAAGUGGUGUGUGACGGCACAGACCUGACGACCAAAGUCCAGGAGCUGAAGUUACAGUGUCUGCUCUUCCUCAACAUCCCCAGGUACUGUGCCGGCACCGUGCCGUGGGGUCACCCUGGUGAACAUCAGGACUUUGAACCUCAGCGUCAUGACGAUGGCUGCAUUGAGGUCAUCGGAUUCACCAUGACGUCUCUGGCCACACUGCAGGUGGGAGGUCACGGCGAGCGACUCCAUCAGUGUAAAGAAGUGACCCUCACCACCUACAAGUCCAUCCCCAUGCAGGUGGACGGAGAGCCCUGCAAGCUGGCCCCAUCCAUCAUCCACAUCAACCUGAGGAACCAGGCCAACAUGGUGCAGAAGGCCAAGAGGAGGAUCUCCAUGCCCCACCUCAAUGAUCAGCAGCCAGUUCCUGAGAAGCUUCAGAUCAGAGUGAACCGGAUCAGCAUGGCGGCUUAUGAGGCUCUGCACUACGACAAGGACCAGCUGAAGGAGGCCUCGACGCCGCUCGGAGUGAUCACUGUCCCUGGAGACAGCGACCUGGAGACGUGCCGCCUGCUCAUUGAGCGUCUGCACGACAACCUGGACCAGGACUGUGACACGAUGAAGGGCGAGUGUCUGUCUUCACAGAAGUUGUCCACGAAGUGGUGUUUCCUCGACUGUACGACUGCAGAUCGCUUCUACAGGAUCGACCGAGCUCAGGAACACCUCAACUAUGUGACGGAGAUCUCUCAGGAGGAGCUAUACAUCCUGGACCCGGAGAUGGUCUCCAAGGAGACGGUGGGCACCUCCCCGGGCAUGCCCGACCUGGUGGACUCUGAGGAGCACCAGGACCAGCAGAGACAGUUCGCCUUCCCCUGCUCCCCGACCUCCUCGACCACACCGAGGGUGAGAGAGUUUCAGAGGAAGAGGAUUUCAAGUGACAGUUCAGUGGCUGACGCUUUGUCCCAAAGCUCCUCUAAGACUGCCCUCUGCAGGAGAGGUGCAAAGAUCAUCAAUGUCCAUCGCUCCAACACAACGCUCGCUGAUUUCAGACCCAUCAUUAGUCCUUCCAGUGCUACCUCACACGAUCCUGAAAAAGAUGCAGAGUUGAUCAACUGCAUCAAGACUGAAGACCUGAACAGACUGACAGAGCUCCACCAGCAGGGGGCGGACAUCCUGCUGCAGGACGCAGCCGGCUGCACGCUGCUGCAUCACGCUGUGGAGGCCGGCAGCAAAGACAUCCUCAAGUACCUCAUCGACCAUGUGCCGACAUCUCAUUUGGACAUAACUGAGAGAGAGACAGGCGAGACGGCGCUCCAUAAAGCUGCCUCCUCCUGUCAGAGGAGCAUCUGUCACUACCUGGUGGAGGCCGGGGCGUCGCUCAUGAAGACAGACCUGCAGGGCGAGACUCCCAAACAUCGUGCUGAGAAGGCCAACGACCAGGAACUGUCUGAAUAUCUGGAGAACCGCCAACAUUACCAGAUGAUCCAGAGGGAGGACCAGGAGACGGCGGUCUGAAGUCCAACAUGUCUGUCCACAUCAUCAGUCUGUCUAUAGGUCUUUCAUGUAUCUGCUCCUCUAGGAGACAAGUGUGUUUUUAACUCCACUGACGAGGCGCGUAGACAGCAACAUAUCAGCUAGUGCUUCUUCUCUGCUGUCAGAGGCAGGCGGCGGGUAAACACAAACACAUGGGUUAAUAUAAAUGUCUCCAAACUGCUUUAACUGAGCAGAGAUGAUGUUUUGUUGUGGAUAACGUCGGGUUUGUAGGCGCCUGAAAACGCCUCUGUCCUCUGCCGGAGUCCAAACUAAACAACAUAAAAGCCUCUGGACACUAAAGUGAAUUCAAACUUCAGGCCACAAAGACUCUCAGAUCUCCUACAAACUGUGUUUUGAAUGUGUCUUUAUGGCGUAAACAUUAGCGCUCUGACCUCUGUGUUAAACGUGUACAGAAAGUGCUGUUGGAGCGAAACAACAGCUGCUUUGAGCGAACAGUGACUGUAUUCAUGUGUCUGCAGCUGAACAUGAUGGAACUAGACGCUUUCGCCAUAUCUGAUAGAACGGCUGCAAAAACGUGUCUUCUCUCCGGCUUCUAGUGACCUUUUGGAUGUAUUUCUUUACUCAACAGAAAUAAGUGUUUGUUCACACUUUGGAUAUUUAACUUAGACACACAUGAGUUUAGCUAUUUAUGAUUUAUUUGUAGACAUAAAAAAAAAACGUUUUGCUUGUGAUCAAACUCAGAGAAGCAAGUCGUCGACUGCUUCAGUCUGAAUUUUAGAUACUUCAACAUAUGAGACUUUGUUUUUUUUUGUAAUAUUGUUUGUCUGUUACAUAACGGUAAAGCAAAAUGGCUGCCAGCAGGAUGCUUUCAUUGUGAUGUGUGUGUAAAUAGCUGAGAUAGACUCGUCAGUGUUCAGCCAGAUUCUGCCAAAGCAGUCACGUCUGUAUUAAUAGUAAUUACAUAACAGUCAGAACGACAUUAUACUGUAUGAUACUGGAGUAAUAACUGUUUGGUUUGGUUUUAUCAUUUCUGAGUGACCUGCAAUAAAAGCAUGUCAGUAACA